GAGGCGGGCUCCACAUUCAGAGUGGCCAUUUUGUGCUACUUCUUCACGCUCACGAGCGCGCGCGCACACACACCCUUUCCGUGACACGGUUUGGUUUGCCCCGGCAGCUCUUGGCUUCCACUGGAUAGCGAAGGGGGAUGUGGCUCUUAUCUCCACCCAGGAGGGAAGGGGAGGUUCAUGGAAAGGGGGGAAGCCCGCCUUGGCGCAGCGGCGUGAGAUCCUCCGAGCAAGUGUGGACGGCGGCACACGCGGGGCAAUCGGAAGGGCGCAGAGUGUGGUAAAUCCAGUGAGGUGCGAGAUAACACCUGAAGGCAAACAGAGGAUAGGCACAAUGUCCCAGCAACUUCUCUACCGGGCUCUGGUCUCGGCAAAAUGGGUUUCUGAAGCCAUCAGGUCUUCUCAGACAGGGUUGACUGUGCGGCUCCUGGAUGCCUCUUGGUACUUGCCAAAAAUGAAGCGCGACCCCCGGCGAGAGUUUGAAGAGCGCCACAUCCCUGGUGCUGCUUUCUUUGACAUAGACCAGUGCAGUGACCGCACCUCGCCUUAUGAUCACAUGCUCCCCAGCGCAGGGGAUUUUUCUGAGUAUGUGGGCAAGCUGGGAGUGAGCAAUGACUCCCAUGUCGUGGUGUACGAUGCAAGCGAUCAGGGCCUUUUCUCAGCCCCUCGCGUCUGGUGGAUGUUUCGAGUGUUUGGGCAUGAAGCUGUUUCUCUCCUGGAUGGUGGACUGAAGAAUUGGAUCAGGGAGGGGUGCCCGGUCAGCUCUGGAAAGAGCCACCCUGUCCCUGCAGAAUUCCAUGCUACGCUGGACAGAUCCAUGGUGAAGACCCAUAUGGACGUUAAGGAGAACAUGGAGUCACACCAGUUCCAGGUUGUGGACGCACGGUCAGCGGGUCGGUUCAUGGGAAUUGAGGCAGAGCCCAGGGAAGGAAUUGAACCUGGUCACAUUCCUGGUUCGGUGAAUAUUCCUUUCACUGACUUUCUUACUGAAAUGGGCAUGGAGAAGAGUCCCGAGGACAUCCGCCGCAUGUUUCAAGAGAAGAAGGUGGAUCUUUCCAAGCCCGUUGUGGCCACUUGUGGUUCAGGGGUUACUGCUUGCCACGUGGCACUGGGGGCAUACCUGUGUGGCAAGCCUGAUGUGGCCAUUUAUGACGGAGCCUGGGUGGAGUGGUUCAUGCGGGCACGGCCAGAACACAUCAUCUCAGAGGGCAGAGGGAAGACCUUGUGAGAUGCAGCCUCUUGCCACAAUGGAAACAGAAAUGUUCCCUUAAAACUGGGAACAGAACAGUACUUCAAAAACCUUAAGAUGGCCUUGCUGUUGUGCACAGGAUUUUGGUAAUGAAUGGGGGGUGGAGGUGGGGGUGGGAGGUGCUGCAGUCGUUCUGUUAGCCUUCCCUGGGCAUGGACAAUUCAUUUUUUUUUCACAGCACUUUUUUUAGAGUGGUGGAAAGUACUGAUUAUGGGAUAGUGGAAUAACAAAGGUUUCAGGCUGCAUGUGGGAACUCUGGUGCUCCAGCCUUACUGGGCAUGCCAUAGGAAAUCACGUUGCUGUGGGGAUUAAAUCUUGCAUUCUGCCCACGGUAAAUUGUGCCAUUUUUCUAGAGCUUGGAAAAGUAACUGUUUGGGCUACAGAUUCCAGUAUUCUGCAGCCAGCACAGCUUCUUCUCUUUUUUUAAAGACAUUUCCAAGCUCUUUUUUCUAUGCCAACUGAAAUCCCAAUUUCUAAACAUUAUUUUUUAAAAAUCAAGUGUUACAUUGCAAAUACAUUGUUUUAAAAUUAAAAGCACCUUGAGGCA